GGGCUCAGAUGUGGUUAUCGUCCUUAGAAACCAUAUUCCGUUACAUGAAAUGCCCUGAGGAUCAGAAGGUUCAGUGUGCUGUUUUUAUGUUGACUGACAGAGGUACUGCAUGGUGGGAGACCACAGAGAGGAUGCUAGGUGGUGAUGUGAGUCAGAUCACGUGGCAGCAGUUCAAGGAGAGUUUCUAUGCGAAAUUCUUCUCUGCCAGUUUGAGAGAUGCCAAGCGGCAGGAGUUCCUGAACUUAGAGCAGGGUGACAUGACCGUGGAGCAGUACGAUGCGGAGUUCGACAUGUUAUCCCGCUUCGCUCCCGAGAUGAUAGCGACCGAGGCGGCCAGAGCUGACAAGUUUGUUAGAGGCCUCAGACUGGACAUUCAGGGUUUGGUCCGAGCUUUCAGACCUGCUACUCAUGCCGAUGCACUGCGCCUGGCAGUGGAUCUCAGUUUACAGGAGAGGGCCAACUCGUCUAAGACCGCUGGUAGAGGUUCGACGUCUGGACAGAAGAGGAAGGCUGAGCAGCAGCCUGUUCCAGUGCCACAGCGGAAUUUCAGACCCGGUGGUGAGUUUCGCAGCUUCCAGCAGAAACCUUUUGAGACAGGAGAGGCGGCCAGAGGAAAGCCGUUGUGUACCACUUGUGGGAAGCACCAUCUGGGCCGUUGCUUAUUCGGGACCAGGACCUGCUUUAAGUGCAGGCAAGAGGGUCAUACAGCUGAUAGAUGCCCGUUGAGAGUCACGGGGAUCGCGCAGAAUCAGGGAGCAGUAUAG